AUGACCUGCCAGGCCUUCAGCACCACCGAUUCCUUCACUACUCUGAGCGGCGACUCGGCUGCUCUGCCGCUGCUCAUGCAUCACACCGGAGCCGCAGACUGUCUGCCCAUCACCAGCCACACCACCAACAUGCUGCCUUCAGUGUCUGGUUUAUUCCCCUCAGGUCUGCCACUGGUCCAGUCGUCCAAACGCUCUCAUAUGCACCUGUCCACUUCUGCUUUGGGCAAUGUGUCAGCCAGCCUGCACUACCCAAUGCCCCCAUGUCACUAUGGCAACCAGCAGACCACCUACGGCAUGAUGGCAGCACAGGAAAUGCUCUCUGCCAGCAUCUCCCAGACCCGCAUCCUGCAGACCUGCAGCGCGCCUCAUGCCAACAUGGUCAACGGAGCCAACUCACUGCAAGGAGCUCUGCUUCCACGCCUCUAUAAGUUCCCAGAGCACAGUUUGGGUGGGGGCUCCUGUGCUUUGACCCACAGUUUACCGCCGCUGCCCCAGGCCCUGCUCUCGGACGAACUCACCCUAGGAGACAUCAAGCAGGAGCUGCGCCGGAAAAGCUGGCCCCUGGAAGAGCCGCCCGACAUGGACUCACCGCAGAUCCGUGAACUGGAGAAGUUUGCUAACGACUUCAAACUGAGGAGGAUCAAACUAGGUUACACACAGACCAAUGUGGGUGAAGCCCUGGCGGCUGUGCACGGCUCUGAAUUCAGCCAAACCACCAUCUGCCGCUUCGAGAACUUGCAGCUCAGCUUCAAAAAUGCCUGCAAGCUCAAAUCCAUCCUGGCAAAGUGGCUGGAGGAGGCUGAGCAUGCCGGUGCUCUUUUUAAUGAGAAGAUGGGCAUGCAUGAGCGUAAACGCAAACGGAGAACAACCAUCAGUCUUGGGGCUAAGGAAGCCUUAGAAAGGAAUUUUGUGGAGAAGAGUAAGCCAUCAUCUCAGGAGAUUGUGCGGAUGGCGGAGGGUCUCCAUCUGGAGAAGGAGGUGGUGCGUGUUUGGUUCUGUAACCGCCGGCAGAGGGAGAAGAGGGUCAAAACCAGCCUACACCACAGCUCCUUCAUGGCCAACGAGAGCGCAGCCUGUAGACCUUGA